AUGUUGCGCCAAGUAAACUUUAUUGACAACAACGACAACCAAACAGCCAAAAAAUCCUCCAGCUGGAGCUUCUUGCGUGCUGAUUCCACACGUCAAUCAGGCUGCACCAUUCGUAAUACAGUGCCUGCAAUUCUGAUAAAGUUUCUCCAAUGUCGACGCACUGGCUACCGAAACUCGAGAUCCCCGGACCAACGAAUCCACUUUCUCGCAAACCUUUUCUCGAUAACACGCUGUAGUUAA